AUGGACGCCAAGGCAACGGGUGAACCCGCAUUUACGAUUGGUAGCCCCCUAAGCUGGAGCCUGAAGCAAGUUUCUUUAGGCAGCACUGAACGAGCGAUAAAGAAGGUCAACAAUCACAACUUCGGAAAUCUCAACACCCACAGUUCGAGCUCCGCGGACUCAGAAAGCACUCGCCCGUACGAGGCUCUGUCCUACGUAUGGGCCUCUGAGAACAAGCCUCGGUCUAUUUCUAUAGACGGCUGCGACUUGCCAGUCGGGGAAAACCUUUACGCGGCGCUAUCACAUCUUCGAGAUCGCUCCAUUGAACGAACCAUAUGGAUAGACGCUAUUUGCAUCAACCAACGAUGCCUAAAGGAAAAGGGACAGCAAGUCCAGUCUAUGGCGAAGAUCUAUACCAAAGCAAGCCGUGUGAUUGUUUGGCUUGGAGGAGCGACACCCGACAGCGGUCAAGCACUCGAAGAAAUACGCAUAGCAGCAGAGCAGCGUACGAAGCCCUCACCUACGAAGCCCUCAAUUAACGAAAGUGCAAUCCUUAAACUGCUUGAGGGGCCAUGGUUUCAACGCAUCUGGGUACUUCAGGAAGUUGCCGCGGCCCGAAAUGUACUGAUCAAAUGUGGUCCCACCGAGAUUAGCGGAUAUGCGUUCUGUUCAGGCCUAAGCAAGUUGAACCUAUCCUAUGAAACCCGCCCGGACCUGUCGUCUCUGAUCCGUUCAGUAUCCUAUCUCAUAAGGGGUGCGGCCUUCCGGCCUAGAUGCGCAACUGGUCGGUCAGGCAGGUUUUCCCUGGGCAUAUGCCCUCUAGGUGAGCUGGUAGAUAUGUAUCACACUCGCAAAGCAACUGACCGCCGCGACAAGGUUUAUGCCUUGCUCGGCAUGAGCUCUGAUGAUACUAGCAUCGCAGGGUUAUCGGCCAACUAUGAGAUUUCAUGGGGACGACUAUUCCAGCAACUCAUCAACUUCUUCUCUAAACGAGUGUCUGUAGACACUUGGGAUGAUAAGGAGAUAGAGGUAAUCAGGGGCAAGGGUUGCGUUCUAGGCGAAGUGUCUUCAGUCGAAAUAGACACUGAUUGGGAAGACAGACAGCACGUGGGCAUUACAUGGAAGAAUGCUUCCCCUCCGGACGAUCUACAAGAUGCGAGCAGUGACACCAAGUCGAAGCCUUUACGAUUGAUAACAACCUUCCCACAUGAUUUCCUACUUGUCUGGAACUGGAAUAUGUAUCCAGGCGAGUCGCAGGAUGGGGAAGACUACGAACACUUCAUGGGUACCCUAGUUUCGAAGUGCUCAAAUACAGAGCUGGAAUAUUGUCUGGAUAAAGUGACCAGAUUAUGGAAUACUGGAGUGGCACUACAAGACAUGGGAAAAGAUGAGGCAGGGGAAAAUCUCCGAAAAGCAAUGGAGAUUAUUGAGAGACAAUUGACAACAAUGGGUGCCCUAGACUUCGCUUGCCCAGGUCCCGACCAUUCGAUAAGAGGAGAUAUGGACAAGCUAAAAGGAAUGGUAGAUUUACUUAUCAAGGACAAGGGCGGAUGGAGACCGCUGGGGUUGGCGGCAGGGAAUGGGCGUGAGGCAAUGGUCAAGCUGCUGCUCCAUACUGCCAAAGUCGACCCAGACGUCAAGGAUAAGGAUGGACGGACGCCGUUAUGGCAGGCGGCAGAGAAGGGGCACGAGACAAUCGUCAAGCUGCUGCUCGAUAUUGGCAAAGUCGAACUAGACGCCAAGGAUGCAAACCGUGGUGUUAAGGUGGGGUAG